AUGGCCACCAUCAACAAGCACCCGAACCGGUUCGAGCUCACAGCGGUCUACCAACACCCGCAAGCCAAGGCCGACAUCGUCCUGGUCCACGGCCUCAACGGGGCGCCCGAGAAGACAUGGACGGCGCCGAACGGGGUGUACUGGCCGACCGACCUGCUGCCUGCGUCUUUGAAGGACCAGCACGCCAACGUGCUGGUGUACGGGUACAACGCGGACGUCUACGCGGGCUUCUGGGAGCGGACGGCCAAGAACCCGAACGACAACUUCAUCCACCACCACGCGCAAACGCUCGUCACCACGCUCACGCACUACCGCAAGAGCGAGGGCACGGAGCGGAACCCCAUCAUCUGGGUGGUGCACAGCCUCGGCGGCAUCGUGACCAAGCGGGCGCUGCUGUACUCGAACGACGUGCACGAGCCGCACCUGGAGGACCUGCGAUCGGUGGUGGUGUCGACGUACGGCAUCGUCUUCCUGGGCACGCCGCACAAUGGGUCGGAUGCGGCCGCGUGGGGCGGCGUGAUACAGCGCAUGGCGGACGCGCUGGUGCCCAGGAAGCUGCUUGCGACGGAGCCGGUGCUGCUCCGGUCGCUCAAGAGGGACAGCGAGACGCUGCAGCAGAUCAGCAACCACUUCCUGGAUAUCUACCAGAAGUUCCACAUCCACAUGGCGCACGAGAACCACAAGACGGAUGUGAAGGGUUCCAAGAUCCUGGUCGUGGACGCCGAGUCGGCGAGUCCUCAACUGCCCGGUGUCACGUACUACGGCAUCGAGGCGACACACUCGGGCAUGUGCAAGUUUGAGAGCGACCAUGCGCCGGGCUAUCGGACCAUCUCAACGGCGAUCCGGGAAUGGAUCACCGACGCCCCGAACGUCAUCCCCAUCCGGUGGGAAGUUGAAGAGGACCAACGGCGGGUGAGGGCGAGCCUAGAGAUCUCUGAACGCGCACGGCCCUACCAGAGGUCUGCCCUUGAAUUCGCCGGGUCUCAACAAGCAAUUGACCAGAGCAGCAGCAACAGCAGCAGCAAUAAUGAGAUGGCUUCCCCUAAAUCUCUCCCGCAGCCCACUCGACCUACAUCUGCUCCUCGUCUCCUAACCGAGACGGCUCAGCAAUCAGACUCGAACCCGGCCCCCUUGUCACCACCCUCACCACGGCUGCUGCCCCCGCUCCCAGAACCAGCCGAACACACCACCAUCACCACCACCUCCACCACGACGGCGGAACCGCUCUUCAUCCACCCGGAAGCCUUCCGCCCCAACUCGUACUUUGUCGGGCGCGAGGACGAGCUGAAGGCGCUGCACGAGAUGCUCAUGGACCGCAAGCGGCGGUCCGAGGGCACGUCGGCCGUGCUGAUCCAGUGCCUGCCGGGCGGCGGCAAGACACACCUCGCGCGGCAGUACGUCUUCCAGCACAAGGACGACUACCCGGGCGGCGUGUACUGGGUGCGGGCCAAGUCGCGCCACGAGCUGGAGUACUGGUUCUGGCGCAUCGCGCGCAACGAGGCCCUCAGCGGCGGCGGGUUCGGACUGCAUCGCCGCGACGUCGAGGAGCUGCGGGAUCCGAAGACGAUCGUGCAGAUUGUUCGGAGGUGGCUGAAUGCGCGCCGCGAGUGGCUGGUGGUCUUCGAUGGCGUGCAGUUUGAUAUCCCCGGGCUGCACGAGUUUAUUCCGGAUGCGCGGAACACGAGCCUGAUCUACACGUCGACGGAGCGGGCGGUGACGGGGGACCCGCGGUUUGACAAUCCGCAGGUGAUGGAGUUGGGCCUGCUCACGGCGCAGCAGGCGCAGGAUCUGCUGCUGCUGGAGAUGGAGCGGAAGCGGCCGUGGAGUGCCGACGACCGGGCCAUGGCGCUGGAGCUGGUCGAGUUGAUGGGCAGGCUGCCGCUAAUGAUCCAUGUCGCCGCGCAGCAUCUCAAGGCCACGCGGGAGCCGCUCGCCCGCUAUCUCAAGUCGUACCGGAGCCGGCCCAAGGCCGGUGAUCUGCCUGCGUACAAGGCCGUGCGGGAGCAGCUCGAGAACCGGGGCGAGAAUGCGGCCCUAAACUUGAUCUCCCUGUUGGCUUUCUUCGACCAGCAUCUCCCGGUCGAGAUGCUCGCGCUUGGCCUCUCCGCCCUCGACAAGAUCACCCCGGUGAAGACCAGCGAUGUUAAGCUCAGGAAGCCAAGCCUCAACAACACGCUCGCGGUUCUCAUCGCCUUCGGCCUGCUCAAGCGGUCCGAAGGCGACGACGACAGCUCGCCCACCAGCUCGCGCAGUUCCAGGUGCAGCUUCGACAGGCACGCCGACCACCUCGACCUGCUCCGCAUCCACAGCGUCGUGCAGGCCUACUUCCGGGACUUCAUCCACGAGAAGCACCAGAUCGGGUUCUGGCUGGAGCGAGCCAUCGCCGUCUGGUGCCGGUCCUACGAUGAAGCGGACGACCGGAUCCAAAGGGAUUCCAGAGUCGGCUUGCCGGACGACUACCGCCGGUUCUGCAUCCAUGGCGAGAAGCUGCGGCAGAAUCUGCAUCGCUACGAGAAGCGCUAUCCCAGUCUCUCGCGCGCUAGGCCGCAGCUGCAGCAGAGACUGGACAGGAUCCAGGGCCAGAUCGACCAGCUGCCGCACGGCUCUGCCGAGGAGCAUCCGGCGUCGGUUUUUGAUCGGAUCAGCACUAGUAACUCCUCGCAGUCCGACGCCGCGACGCUGGAUUCCCAGAGUAGCCAGCAGAGUGGUAUGAGAUCGCUAGGCGGGGAGGAGGAGGAGGAUGUUAGCGAGCUGGUCCAGUCUCCCACGGCCGAGUUGUUGUUGGAGUUGGAGCAGGAGCUCCCGUCGCGGACCCCGUACCCCAGGGACCCCGUGGUGAUGCCGCCGAUGCCGCAGUACAUCGAGGACGACGACCAAGAGACCGUCGUGUCCGUACCCGAGACGCAGGUGUACAUGGGUGCCGCCGAGAUGGCCGACGCCGUCUCACUGCCUCCGGAGCCUACCGACAACCAGACGGGGGUAAGUGGCGCCUAUGAUGACUGGCACGAUGUCAUUCCACGCCACAGGGUUAUCACGGCGCAGGAGAGACGGCGAAACCAUAUCCAUGUUGGAGCAUGGAGAGGUAGGGUGAUUGGGGAUCCGUGGGUAGGGCUUAGCCCCGAGGUCGCCGUGGGCUCUGUCUCGACUAAGAGGAACUCUUCGAGUUCGCCUCUGGGCCCACGCUUGACUGCGCAAAGCGAGGCAGAGAUGGAGUUGAACAAGAUCAAGAUGGCCUCACCCCCUUCCCGAGAGUCAAGGGGCAGCUUCGGUUCUCCCACUUCGACCCGGCCCAAGACGCUUCUGGGCAGAAACAGUUGGGCGUUGCCACAGGCCCAAAAGACGCCCGGCACCGAGGUUGCCCAAUUCCUGCUUGAAGGCUCACCAAAGGGGUUCGCCCAGAUCAUGUCGUCGCUCAAGAACUGGAGAGUUCCCGCCAUCAACACACCACCCAAGAGGCCGGUGGCGCCGUCGGACAACAGCACGAUCAAGACGCCAUCAUCACCACUACAGCAGGUCGAGCAGCCGCCGGCGGAAGAGGAUCCCGUCGUGCCUCCCGCAACCAUCUUCCGCGGCAGCCGCUCCGCCAACUCCAGCCCCGCCAGCCACGCCUCGCCCUUCCCGCCGCCCUCCUUCGCCGGCAUCCCCACGGCCGAGCUGAUGGUACCGCUCGUCGUCCGCCGCUGGGAUACGGUGGUCUACCCCCCGGACGGCAGCGCACCCGUCACGUCGUCGGGCGUCGAGUGGUCGAGCGCGCCCGACCCGCUGUCCCGCUCCUACCCGUCCCUCCUGCCAAGUCGGCAGCAACAGCAGCACCACAGCGCCCUCCCAACCCGGCCGGCCGUCCUCCACAGCGGCGGCUAUUCCUCCCAGCCGAUGUCGCGCGACGGGUCCAACCGCUCCUCCCUGAACCCGAGCAUCAACAUCACCAACAGCCCGGAGCUGCAAGCCGUCGAGUCGCCGCCCUCCGGUGCGCCGUCUCCUCUGUUAGCAAGAGCAGUGCACGCACGGUCUACCAGUCCGCUGCGAACAGGCAGAGGGCAGGCACUUCCCAUCCCCGCCAGCCCUAUAAGUCCCACGUCCCGCCUCUCCCCGUUCAACCGUGGCCGGCCGCCAUCCUACACGGAGACAGAGCCCUCGCCGCGGCUGGACACGCCCUUCUCCGAUGUGGAUGCGAGGGAGUAUCCGCGCGGUCCUAUGGGUGCAGCCGUGACCGGGACGUCAUUGCCGCCGGGCGUUGGUACCAACAACAACAACGACGACAGCAGGGGUGGUGAGCGGACGACCCGCAGAAGCAGCAGCAGCAGCCUGGCGCGAUGGCGCCCCUCGGCGGGCAGGAACCGCAUCCGCAGCAGCAGCAGCAGCCGCAAGAAGGACAGAGGAAAGAAUGUGCGAGCACAGAGCUUGUCGCCUUCGCCCGGCAGUGCUGCCUCGCCCCGAGCAGCCUCCCCGUCGUCCGGGUCCGGAUCGCCGUUGCUGCCCAUCUCCCCCGGCUCGUCGUCGUCCUCGGUGACGAGGCGGGCUGGCUCUCAGGGUCAGCUAGGGCAUAGCAUACAUCAGCAUCAGCAUCAGCAUCAGCAUCAGCAUCAGCACCCGCUUGCCGCGUGGUCGACUCCGCCGGUGGACGCAAAUGCAAACAGCCCGCCUGUCGAUAUCAUGAUGACGGAGGUGGGAAGUGCCCCGGCCAGCGCAGGUCCCGGCACGGCUAUGAGCAUGGGAGGGGAGGCCAUGUCGCGGUCGGCGUCGGGGGGGAGCCACGGGGCGGCUGGUGGGUUCAGGAUGGAUGAUGGAACCGUGGUUGAGUUUGGGUCGCCCGGCUUAGGCAGCGGUUCUAGUGCGAGGAGGGCGGGGAACAGGGCGAGGAGUGGGAGCUCUCCUCCUGAGACGGGCACGGCUGGCUUGGGUGUAUGGAGUGAGUAG